AUCCUCAUUCAUGAAGCGAAAGCUUUACUCUUAUAUCAGAGCACAUUGUAACAAGUGUUUGUAAGGAAGAACAACUCUAAUGGAUAGGCUAACUAGUUUUUGUCUAUAAGCAACAGCCGUACAGUAUUGAUUCAGUGCACCACUGACAGAUGAUAACCUAAACUCCAACUAUGGAAGACUGUGAAAAUGGAUUUUCAGUGGAUUUGUUUCUACAUUGCUCUCUCGUCCCUGCUGUGUUUAUUAUGGUUCUACUCUCAUUCGUACAGCGCAGAGCAAGAGCUCAGCCCUUCGAGGAACGCUUUCCAUACCUAAGGGGUCGAUUUGGCAUUGUGGUGCCUUUGGAUUUCAUUGGGAGUUUAAGUAAUCGUUGGUCUUAUGGUUUUGCGUUUGGCGCAAUCGCUCCGAGCGUGCUCCAGCUCUUCUCUGAAUCCUACACGCCGAUAAAAGUGCCCAACUGGGCUAAAGCUUUUAUGUACCUGCUAGGAGCACUAGAAGUGGGAGUUGCAUAUUUGCCCUUUUUUGCUUGCCUAUCCACACCACACCGAACACUAGGAGGGGUUUUGGGUGUUCUGUAUACGCUCAUGUGGCUCACUGCGAGAUUGUAUGACACAGCAAGCUGUCCAUCUGGAAAUAUUUUAGGCCCGUAUGAGAAGUGGAUCAUUCUGUGGCCGUUCUUUCUGUGUCUGUGUUUCCUGCUGGGACGGUUUGUGUAUAUCAUUGUGAAGGCAAUAAGAAUCCACCUGCAUUUGCAGACUGAAGAGAAUGAAGAGGAUUUACACUCGCAUCAGUUCAGAUAUGUAAAGACUCUACUGAAACGCCCCCCUGAGCGGUUGGAACCAAAAGGUUGGUUCCAGAGAAAAGUAUACGAUUGGGACCCUUAUUUUAAAUUCCCGAACAGAAUGAUUGGCACCUCCAUUAUCUCUUUUAUUGGCUUAUACACGAUGACGCUGGUAGACUACAGUAUAAGUGACUAUGCCUUUGAUGGGCUGGACGCGUUGAAGGAUUCACUUGCAGAGAUAGCAUCCUCCUGUACUAACGAAACAGACAAUAUGUUCAAGUCCCUCAUACCCAUGAUGGAAGAGUUUAGCUAUGUCGCACGUAAGUCAUGGUUGGCGACGACAAUCUUUGCCAGUUUGACAUCUGUUACUUACACUUUUCAUGUGCUAGUAUGUUAUAGAAAACAUAUAAAGAGGUUAUGGAGGGGAGAGAAAUACUUUAUUCCAGUCAAGUUUCAUAAACCAAGCCCUGCAGUUAGUGUGGCAGCUAUAACAAGAUACUCAGGCUGGCAGAUUGCCUUCACUCUGUGGGGUUUUGUGAUCGUUCAUUUCAUGCAGUUUCUUUUCGCCCUGAUAUUUACGUAUGGAAUUAUUCUACCGAUCCAAAAAGGAAAGUUUCUCAGCUGGCUAUCAAGUGUAUCCAUCAUUCUGCUGACCAUAUUUACCGUGAUAGCCAUAGUGGUAGUGCAGAUUGUUCUGGUACAGAUAUUUUUCCUGCAGGACAAACUCUCACCUGACGACAAACAAAAGCCACUCGCACUCAACAACAGAAAAGCAUUCCACAGCUUUAUCUAUUUUUUCUUCUUCUAUAAUGUGAUAAUGGGGUUGAGCAACUGCAUUUUACGUCUCUUGGUAAGUGGCGUUGUGGGCACGUGGCUGGUAUCACGGAUUGACCGGACCAUCAUGCAGAGGGGCUACGAGUCCAUGGAUCCAGGAUAUAAUACCUGGAUAGGGAUGAUAUUUGCUGAUCAUUAUCAUAGCAACCCAGUUAUGUUGUCUUUCUGCCACCUACUGCUUGGAAAAACUGUGGCGAAUCGGGGACCCGCAGAAACCUCUUAUAAUACUUUUAACAAUACCAGAGGAUGUUCAGUAGGGGGCAGAGUACGUGUGCGCUGGCUGUUGCUCUACACGCUGCUGAGGAACCCGAAGCUCAUCCUGCUCAGAAAGAGAAAACCACAGGAUAAACAUGACAACCAAGACCCUCUUCUCUUAGCCCGAACCAUCACCUCACAGGCUCAACAAGCAAAUGGACUGGCCAGCAAUUGCUAAAGCAUCUGAAAUAAUACCUGAGCAUGGUCAGGUUCCUGUCUGUGUAAAAAAGCUGUAAAUAAAAAUUGUUGCAGAUCCACGGUACAGUGAUUAGAGGCUAUCAUUGUAUAUAUACACCAUGGUAUUAACCGUUCAUAUGUUUUACUAUCACAUAUGCACAAAAAUCUAUUCAUAUACUUUAUAUGUGUUGAAUUAUUUUGUAACUGUUGUUUGUCUAAAUAAACUG